GUUGUUUUUGGCUACUGCGCCCAUGCAGUAGCGCUUAAAUAGAGCUCCAGUAGGUGUACGUUUUACCACACGCUACAAGCUGUCGGGUCAUCCCUGUUGCCUUCGGACAAGACGUACUCAGAUAAUAAAUCAACAUGUCUGAAGAAGAGGAGGAAGCUACUCCCCUGGUUGUUGACAAUGGCUCCGGACUGGUCAAGGCUGGCUUCGCCGGCGACGACGCGCCCAGGGCAGUCUUCCCAUCCAUCGUCGGCCGCCCAAGGCAUCAGGGCGUGAUGGUCGGUAUGGGUCAGAAGGACGCCUACGUGGGUGACGAGGCUCAGAGCAAGAGGGGUAUCCUGACCCUGAAGUACCCAGUCGAGCACGGCAUCGUCACCAACUGGGACGAUAUGGAGAAGGUCUGGCACCACACCUUCUACAACGAGCUGCGUAUCGCCCCCGAAGAACACCCAAGCCUCCUUACUGAAGCUCCUUUGAACCCGAAGGCCAACAGGGAAAAGAUGACCCAGAUCAUGUUCGAGACCUUUAAUGCCCCCGCCAUGUACGUGUGCAUCCAAGCCGUCCUCUCCCUCUACGCUUCCGGUCGUACCACUGGAAUCGUGCUGGACUCCGGCGAUGGUGUUUCUCACGUGGUACCGAUCUAUGAGGGUUACUGUAUGCCUCAUGCCAUCCUCCGUCUGGACCUGGCCGGCCGUGAGCUGACCAACUACCUGAUGAGAGUCAUGUGUGACCGGGGCUACUCCUUUGUAACUACGGCCGAGCGUGAGAUUGUCCGUGACAUCAAGGAGAAGCUGGGCUACGUCGCCCUGGACUUCGAGCAGGAGAUGUUGACGGCAGCCACCUCCACCUCUCUGGAGAAGAGCUACGAGCUGCCUGAUGGACAGGUCAUCACCAUCGGCAACGAGAGGUUCCGCUGCGCGGAGGCUCUCUUCCAGCCUUCCUUCCUGGGUAUGGAAACGGCUGGCGUCCAUGAAACCACAUACAACUGCAUCAUGAAGUGCGACAUCGACGUCCGUAAGGACCUGUACGCCAACAAUGUCCUGUCCGGCGGCACCACCAUGUUCCCUGGCAUCGGUGACCGUAUGCAGAAGGAGAUGGUGGCCCUUGCCCCCAGCACCAUGAAGAUCAAGAUCAUCGCUCCUCCCGAGAGGAAGUACUCCGUGUGGAUCGGCGGGUCCAUCCUGGCCUCCCUGUCCACCUUCCAGCAGAUGUGGAUCACCAAGGCUGAGUACGAUGAGGCCGGUCCCGCCAUCGUUCAUCGCAAAUGCUUCUAAUCUCUCCAUAAUCUUAUUCUUAUCAUAACAUUUAGUGAAGCAACAUUCAUGUCGAUGAGUUGUUUUUAGAUAUUGAAAGACUUUGGGUUGUAGAUGUUUUGUCAGCACAUUUGUGAUCUGUACGGAGAGUAUUGGGACCAGGCAAACGUGAAACAUCACCAACAGAAGAAAGACAUACGGGCGAGAAUAUCAAGAUAGCAAAAGAUGGUAGUUUGUGGGUAACAGCGUCGGGAGUGAAGUGUGCACGUGAUGUGUAGAAAAGAGAAAGCUUGUGGAAUUAGAGAACGCUUCUUUAUAAAUUUAUAUAAAAGUAGAAAUUUUGUCAUCGUUAUCCCCUUACUGUUGUCUGAAGACUAACUGGUACAGGGGUUCUAAUGAACGUUAUGUUUGACUAUAUAUGCCAUGUUAAUUUGUUGCAGCAAGUGCUCACUAAUACUGUGAUCAGAACUUGCAAUAUGAGAUUAAACAUUGUCAUCAUUGUUUA